ACCACCCAUCGCUUUGAGAACUCUGUUCUUCGCAGGUGGGACAAAUGUGUCUUCUCCAAUGGUGUGUUCUACUUUCUCAGUACUUGUGGCUGCCUUGGUGUUUUUGACCCGUGUGAAGCAACCUGGAAUCUUCUUCCCGUGAAACCCCUUCUUUUCCCAGAGGUGGAUUCUCCAGUGUUCCUCAUGGAGCAUGAAGGAGACAUCUUUGUUAUGUGUUCGCGCCUCGACAGCAACCAUAUGGUGUUUAAACUAAACAUGAAACAAAAUGUAUGGGAAGAGAAGAGAGAUCUUGGAGGCUUGACAGUUUUUGCAAGUUGCCCUGGCUCUUUUAUAAGAGCUUGUCUCUCCGCAGAGGAGAUGAACAGAAUCUAUCCUUCUUUUACUGAUUUUUAUUUGAUUUAU